CCCGGACUACAGGCGGAAACCGGAACCUUCCUCUCCUGCAGACCCUGCAUCCAUGUGCAGAUGGUAGAAAACAGACGGAGGAGAAGAAAGAAGAUGAGAUGAGUUUGAAGUGUUUGCUGGCUAACCGAGAAGCCAACAUUUUGACAAAUGGAGGAUCGUACGUGUUAUUUAGCAGAAGAAAAAGCGACGGAGCGAAAAGAGGAAGAAGUGAAACUAAAUGUGGACAGACGACGGCAGAAAACAAUGAUCAACAUCGGUGCGGCCUUCCCCAAAUGGAAAUCUCUGAUGAGGGACAAAUGUUUUCAGAGUGACGCCGAAGUUGCCUGUUUUCUGCUGCACAGCUAUGAGAGAGGUUCUGCAGCAACGACUCCCAUGAAGGAAACACCUGUUCAACUCACAGCUGCAGCAGUGUCUAGCAUCGGUGCUUCUGGAAGGAUGAACAGAAUUGAUUGGACAGAUGAAGGCUCUUCUUACUUUCAUGAAAAAGAUGAUGGAGAUAAAGAUGACAGCUCUGAUGAAGAGGAUCUUCCACCCAUUUGUAUACGAAUGGGUGGAGCAUUAAAGAAAGCACCAUCGAUCGAUCGACUUCCAGUUAUUGGAACGGGCGAGGCAGCGCAUGACCAGCCUGCACGUGAAGACCCUCCUGAUGAGGCUUCUCCCUGUGAUCAGGACCCUGUUUUCCCAUCCCCACAGCAGGUCCUUUGUGAAGAUGACAUCGUUGGUGCCAGAGCUUCAAUAGUAUACGAGGACUGCUUGAGACAGCUGGCUACAUUUCUGAUCCUGCCUGUGAAAAAAUGUACAGGCCGUUUAAAGACUGGUGUUGUGUGUGACUGUGUUGCCCCCUUUGAGAUCAACAUCACUUCCAAGGGCACAGCAACGAGUGUCGAAUGGAUCUGUCCCAAUGGACACAGCUUGUGGAGGUGGAAUUCCCAGCCUGUAAUGAAGUGUGGGACGCAAGCUGGAGAUUUUCUCUUGUCCACCAACAUUUUGUUGUCUGGCAACGACUAUGCGAAGGUCGCCCUCUUGUUCAAGUUCAUGAACAUGGGGAUGGUGAAGAAGAACACCUUCGUGUCCAUUCAGGACGCUUACUGUGUGGACACAGUGAAGGCCUUCUGGGAAGAGAGGAGGACUGAGGCCCUCAGUGGCCUUCAGGGGAAAGAUGUUGUGGUCCUAGCAGAUGGCAGAAAUGACUCUCCAGGCCAUUGUGCACAUUACUGCAGCUUCGCCACCAUGGAGAAUGACACCAAGGAGAUCAUUCAUGUUGCCACCAUCAACAAGCAGCAGACAUCCUGCAACUCUGUCGUCGUGGAGAAGGAGGGUUUUAUCGAGACUGUAGACAAGCUUACAUCAGAGAUAAAGCUAGUGGAGAUCUGCACAGAUGCUAAUGCCCAGAUCACAGCCCUUAUGAACCCAGACGAAGGCAGAAACAAGGACCCUGGAAUUCAUCACAGUCAGGACAUGUGGCGUAGUGCCAAGAACCUGGUCAAAAAAAGAGCUGCUGCACUGUGGCUUGGCAUCACUCAACAUGUUUGUGACACUUCCACCUGGACUAAUGGAAGGUGUCAACAUGGGUACCUGAAAGAAAGAAAGGCGUGGAUCCAGAAAGACUCCAGGUGCCACAAAGCUUUAGUGGACAUUGUUCUCAGUAAGCGUUGGCUGAAGGAUGUGCAUAAAUACCUGCGCUUCAGAUCAACUGCAGACCUAGAGGCAUUUCAGAAUCAUGUAUUGAUGUAUGUCAGCAAGCGCUUCACCUUCAGUCCCCCAGUUUAUGAGGCAAAAGUUCUGCUUGCUGCUCUGGACUAUAACUUCCACCGAAACCGACCAACAAUGAAAACAGCAGAAGGCAAAGAGAUUUUCAGAAGGCUUUACAAAAAAAACAGCAGAAGAUACAACUUAUAUGCCCUGAAAUCUGAAAAAAUCAUCUCCGAGCUGCAAGCAAGGAUUCUAAAGAGGAGAAUCACAAGUGGAGAGGGGAUGCCUAGAAGGAAGACAGUGUUGCCUGCAGAUGUCCAGCAGCUGUUGGUGAUUAAAGAAGAGGUUCCCUCUGAGUGGAGCCCCAGUCUGGACCAGGAGGACCCAGAACCCCUACACAUAAAAGAAGAACAGGAGGAACUCUGGAUCAGUCAGGAGGGAGAGCAGCUUAAUGGGCUGGAGGAGGCUGAUAUCACCAGGUUCCCAUUCACUGCUGUUACUGUGAAGAGUGAAGAUGAGGAAGAGAAACCUCAGUCUCCACAGCUUCAUCAAAGACAAACUGAGGACAACAGAGAGGCAGAGCCUUCAGCCAGCAGCUCAGCUACGCAGAUAAAAACAGAAACUGAUGGAGGAUCAGAACCUGCUGGGAACCUUGAUCCAGAUAGUCAUUUACAACCAGAUACUGAUGAAAAAGCUUCAGACACUGAAGUCAGUGAAAAUGACUGGCAAGAACCUUUGUCAGAUUCUGAAGCUGAAACUGAAGACAGUGACAAUGGUUGGAAGGAGACCAGAGCACCUGAGUCAGGUGGAAAUGCUCUGAAAUAUAAGGAAGCUCCUGUAAGUGAUGCAGAAUGUAAUGUUGGGAAAGAAUCCUUUAGCUGCCCUGAAUGUGGUAAACAAUAUCACUAUAAGGGGUCUCUUCAGAAACACAUUAUGUGUCAUUUAGGAAAAAGGUCCUCCAACCGUGUGGAUAAUAAGAAAUGUUUCAGAGUGAAGGAAAAUGUAGAUUCACAGAUGAGAGGCCCCACAGGAGAGAAAAAAUUUGGCUGUGAUGUUUGUGGUAAGAAAUUUAAAGAACAGGGGAAUCUUAAGACACACAUGAGAUGCCACACUGGAGAGAAGCCAUUUGGCUGUGAUCUUUGUGGUAAACGCUUUAACCAGCACAUACAACUUAAGAAACACACAAGAGUGCACACAGGAGAGAAACCAUUUGGCUGUGAUCUUUGUGGGAAGAAAUUUUCCGUACAGGUAAAUCUUAAGACACACAUGAGACUCCACACAGGAGAGAAACCAUUUGGCUGUGAUGUUUGUAGUAAAAGAUUUAACCAGCAGACACAUCUUAAGGAACACAUGAGAGUUCAUUCAGGAGAGAAACCAUGUGGCUGUGAUGUUUGUGGUAAGAAAUUUAGAGAACAGUGGAAUCUUAAGACACACAUGAGAGUCCACACAGGGGAGAAACCAUUUGGUUGUGAUGUUUGUGGUAAAAGAUUUAACCAGCAGAUACAGCUUAAGCGACACAUUAGAGUUCAUUCAGGAGAGAGACCAUUUGGCUGUGAUAUUUGUGGUAAGAAAUUUACAGUACAGGUAAAUCUUAAGACACACAUGAGACUCCACACAGGAGAGAAACCAUUUGGCUGUGACGUGUGUGGUAAAAGAUUUAACCAGCUGAUACAUCUUAAGACACACGUGAUAGUCCACACAGGAUAGAAAUUAUUUACCAAGCCCAUUGGUAAGAACCACAGCAUUUGUGCAGCAGCAGUGUUUUGUUGUAUUUUGUUUUUGUCUUUCUCUUGUAUUUAUUUUAAAAUAUGUAUAAAGAAGUAUUGUGGUUAAAAUGCUGCCUACUGAAGCUAUCUACGUUUAGAAGUUCAAAGAAAGUUUUCUAUGGAGUUAAUUUUGUUUCAUUAUUAUUUGUAUUACAGAUGAGUGUUCCGUGUGCAAGUGUGUAAUCUGUAAAAAUGAAACACUUUCCACAAAAUUAAGAUUUGUAAACUCAAAAAAAUAUUUAGCAAAUAGAAAACAGAUCUGCAAAUACACAAACUCCACAAAUAAAAGAUAUCUAUAUUUUUUAUAUAUAUACAAAAUUUACAAAUAAACAUAAUUUGUGAUCCUAACGUUUACAACUUUCAAAUAGGCAUUUGAGAGUCCAGUUUUAAAUGAUAAAUUAUUUAAAAAAG